UUGGUCAUUGCCUGCAAAAAACAGUGAUCUGAAGAAAAGUUUUCCUCGGAAGUAAUUUCCGUCGACGAGCAACUCGAGCAAAAUUCUUUCUAUCGAAGCAAUCAUGUCGUUGAAAUCCCAGGAUGAUAUUCCUCUUGCGGAUGAUGACUUAGAGGUCAUCAUCAACGACGACGAGAGUGCGAAGUACAUGUGCAAUGGACGGUCGUUGGAUUCGAUUGCCAGUUCGUACACCAACGGAAACUCCAGCCCACAGCAAUUUCUGGAAAACGAAAGUCCGGAUGCGGACGAACAGGAGGAGAAGGCUCGGCUCAUUGCUCAAGUGCUCGAGCUACAGAAUACUCUUGACGACUUAUCGCAACGUGUGGACAGUGUGAAGGAAGAAAAUCUUAAACUUCGUUCCGAGAACCAGGUGCUCGGACAGUAUAUCGAGAAUCUUAUGUCCGCUUCAUCGGUGUUUCAAUCAACUUCACCAAAUAAUGUGCAAAAGAAAAAGUAAACGUUCUAUAAUGAGAUGGAACAGCUGAAUUACGAUUCGCUGCGCUGAAGAGAUAUCGGUCUACUCGGAAGCCAAAGAUAUUCCACGUGCUGUUGCUAACUUGCUGUAUUGCAAGCACACUAAGUGCCGUUGAGUAGCUUUACAAUCAUUCGACGGCGCUCUGCUUCUGAACAGGGGGUUUAAUUUACAUUCACGCUUUAUUCGAUGGCAUAGUUGAAAUGUGGUACAGAACCCAAGAACCAUUGAAUCAGAUGUAAGACAGCCUCCCUACAACACAAACCGCGCCUUGCUAAAAGAAAUAGCGAGUGGCAAUAGAUAUUUGUUACAUUUUUUCCUUUGUCGCUCAAUGCCUACAUCGAUUAGCCAAGGGAAAGCUGAUAGCAGACAAAUACUGUAUGAUACUCACGGUGCAUUUCAUUCGUUUCUCAAUUUACUCAAGUUUGAUAGGUUUCUUAGGUUAAAGCAUGAUAUUCUACUUCAGAUUGGUUUGGCCUGUAUCACAGUAUCAUUUCUUAAACCAAUGCUACUUUAAGUAUAGUCAUUCAUUCCUAAGACAGUGCUAUAAGUCCUUUUGAAGAAUUAACUUUUAUUUCGUACCUAAUAAAUCGCUUUUAUGUACACACACUA